AUGCCUUUGGUCAAGAGAAACAUUGAGCCUCGACAUCUGUGCCACGGUGCGGUGCCUGAUGGGAUUGGCAACGAGCUGGAAUGUGUAACCAACAACACGCUGUCCGCCAUCAUCCGCCAGCUCAGUAGUCUGAGUAAACAUGCAGAAAAUGUUUUUGGGGAGCUUUUUAACGAGGCCAACACCUUUUACGGGCGCGCCAACUCACUCCAGGACCGGAUCGACCGCCUGGCCUGCAAGGUCACCCAGCUGGACUCCAGCGUGGAGGAGGUCUCUCUCCAGGACAUAAACAUGAGGAAGGCAUUCAGGAGCUCUACUAUCCAGGACCAGCAGGUUUUGUCCAAGAACAGCACUCCGAAAGCGGUGGCCGAGAUGCACAACAGCAGCGACAGGCCUCCUCCCCUCAGCAACCUCACGUCCUACAGGGAGGAUUCCACUGACGCAAUGAAAUUCUACUCAGACCCGUCAUACUUUUUUGACCUGUGGAGGGAGAAAAUGCUCCAGGACACGGAGGAAAAGAGGAGAGAAAGGCGGCGGCAGAGGGAACAGAAGCGAAGCGUGGAAAGCAGCACCCUUCAGCGUGAGGUGAAGAAGGUGAGAAAGGCUCGAAACCGAAGGCAAGAGUGGAACAUGAUGGCGUUCGAUAAGGAGCUUCGCCCGGAUCACCGCCAUCCGCAGACGCUACGCCGAGGGGUGUCAUCCGAGGGCUCGCUGUCCCCAGAUGGCAGACCUGACCUCCCCGACUACCCCGUCCCUCCGGUGCCUGCCCACGCCGCUUGUAAUUAUGCCAAGUCACAUGAUUACGUGCCUGGGAAUGCACACCCCUCGCCACCUGUGGAGCAUGAAUACCACAGCAUUGAUGUCAACUACAAGCGGGUAACCUACGCCACAGAGGAGCCUCCCGCUGCAGACCGAGUGAACGGCUCAAUGCGUCCACCUGCAGAUUACAACUCUGGACCCCCGCCCCAUACCCCUGGUCCGCCCAUCCCAUCAGCCCAGACAGCCUUUGGUUUUCCUCCGGGUGCAUUGCCGCCAACACCACAUAAUGGAGUUUUGCACGCAGGCCAGGGCUUCCCGCUGCCUCCUGUACCUCCUCCGGGGCCUCGCAUGGUCCCUCCUCCCCCAGGUCCCCCACCGCCACUUCUCCCUCCCCCAGCUGCACCCUCACACCUCGCAGGACACAGCGACGGUGGCAGGGGUGAGUCGAAACCUGUGAGAGAUGCAAGAAGUGACCUGCUGUCUGCCAUCCGCAUAGGCAUCCAGCUGAAGAAAGUUCAAGAGCAGCAGGAGCAGCAGAACAAGCGGGAGCCAGUGGGCAACGACGUGGCCACCAUCCUGUCUCGCCGUAUUGCAGUGGAGUACAGUGACUCUGAAGACGACUCUGAGCUGGAGGAAAACGAGUGGUCUGACUGACCACAUGGCUGAAGUUCUGUUUAAUGGAUCUUUAGAGAAAAUAAAUCAAAAACUAUGAUUCACCCAGUCCAGCUCCACUCAUUGGACUCUACAUACCAACCCACUGCCAAUGUUUGGCACAGAUUAUCUGGUAAUGUUAGGGGUUUACAGAUCCAGCUCCAAAACUCCUCAGGGCGACAGCGAUAAUGUCAAAAAUGUUUGAUUCCCGAUUUAAAAUCUGGAACUCCAUGACCCUUCAAGCCAGACCGCUUAAAAUCUCACCGCAAGUUCUCACUGAAGAAUAUCAAAACUGUGUUGACCAGGUCCCCCCACUAAUCAAGACUGGUUUAACCUUCUGUUUCUGUUUAUCCCCUCGCUGCCAUGCGGUACUACUGCACCACGCCAAUCUCCAUUUUGUUUACAUCUGCUUCUCCAUGGGAUCACGCAAGAGGGAUCACAUAUGAGCCCAGUCUGUAGAGCCAUGACGCCGUGCCCCCACUGCUGCACAGAGUUCUGUUGCUGUUUAAUAAUAAUUUUCAAGGUGUUGCGUGUCCAAGCUGCACCAGAUUCAACACUGCACUUCUUUGGGUCUUCAGCAACAAAUACGCAAAGUGAGAAGUAGAACAGAUGAACGGUUUGCAAGAUAUGUGAAACACAUUCAGAUUCUUUGCUUUGUAGUUAGAUGUGCUGCCACUAAAUGAGUUAGCAUUUCUUCAGAAACAGAUGCAUUUUCAGAUCCUCUGUACAGAGUUUACUUAAUUAUUGCAACAAAAAAAGUCAAGUUUUCAACCUCAUGUGAAAUGGUGAACCAUCAGUUUUGUAACUUUUUCAAUCCAAUUUCCACAGUAUAAUAAAAUGUUCCCUCUUAAUAAUAAAGAGAAACACCUUAACAAACCAUGCCAGUCACUUCAAUAAUUGAAUGUGCUGUUGACCUUAAAACAGAUGACAGAGUACUUUUUCACUGAAGACAUUUUAACAGGUAACAGUUAAGAAGGUAUAAAUAUUAAAAUGGUUGGCUGGGUUCCGUGUAGCAGCUUCAGUACUGUGGAUCUGCCGGGACGCUUAAAUAGAACAUGAAUCACUUGUAUGGUCUAUGUUUUUCCUUCCCAUGAGGAAAGCCUGCUGUUUAUGAACGAGUGCAGCAACAUAAAGUAAAAUAUUGUGAAAUGACACAUUCCUGAUCAUGUUUUUGGACCAAAUGUACACCUUCCUAUUUUAUGUGACUGUUUGAUUUAUAUUCCAUGACACAACAUGUAACUGCUACCUCAAUCUGUGACCGCCUCACUGUCCCACGGUAUGUGUAGUAGACAGUCUGAAUACAGCUUUGUUCUGCCAUUUAAUUAUUUGUUGUGACGUGUCUUCGAAAAUGUUGACAUUUCAUUAAACAUUUUUCCAUAUCAGCCAGAAAA